CUUUCAAGAUCACUGUUUGCUGCCCCGAUCGCAACCAGCCAUUUUCAAUCCCGUUCCGGCCUUUGACCCUUUGACGUACGGUGGACGGCAUAAUUUGCCCGAAACAAGAGCGUAAUGCCGGACCUUUCAUCAUUAUCGCCGGCCGAAUUGCAGCAGUUCCUCGACGGGCCGGCCCUCACGCCGCCGGACGGUGUCAUACCUAACUUUGAUAACCGGGAUAAUAAGGAUUAUAUCUCUCAAGCAGUAUUGCCGUUAUGUCUAGUGUUGACGACGAUAGCGGUCUUUCUCCGGGUCUGGGCCAGGAUAUUUUGCAUAAAGAAGAUUGAAUUGCCUGACGUAUUAAUGACAAUUGCGUAUGGUUGUUAUAUAACAAAUAUAGUCUUUGGAUACCGCUUAACAGAGAAUCCGGGGGUUUUCGUUCACACAUGGGACAUUCGUGUGAAGGAUAUGUCGAGCGUCCUGUAUCCCUUAUUCCUCAGCGCUAGUUUCUACAUCGGCGUCGUGUUGACCAUCAAGGCGGCGAUUCUCCUCGAGUGGGCCCGAAUAUUCAUUCCGUACGGGGUACGGAACCGUUUCUUUUGGUGCGUCUAUGCUGUGCUGGGCGCCAACACCAUAUUCUACAUCAUAGUGCUCUUUCUCAUGAACUUCGCCUGCACGCCGGUUCAGAAAAACUGGGACCCCUUAUUCGUUGGCGGAUCUUGUCCGAUCAAUACGCAGGCCGUUAACAUCGCAUCGGCCGUACUGAAUCUCUGCUCCGACAUAUUCAUCCUGCUCCUGCCACAGCGCAUUAUCUGGGGUCUGAAGAUGUCGACAAAGACGAAGACUGGUGUAUCCAUUAUAUUUGCCUUCGGUAUCAUAUGCAUUAUCGCAGCAGGCUUCCGUCUCGGCGCAGAAAUUGACUACACCAAAUCAGAGGAUGUCAUCUACAAUAUUUCGCCCGUCUUACUAUGGGCGUUAGCCGAAAUGACGUGCAUGUUCCUUGUCUUCGGUGUCCCAAGCGGCUCCAAGAUCAUGUCCGACCUACGCAUACCGAGCAAGCUCGCCUCAUCACUACGAUCCCUAGGAGGCAGAUUCCAAAGGAAUUCCUCGUCGCGCGGAAGCGGCAGUGGUGCUGCGUCGUGGCCGCGCUCGAGCAUGAUCAUGAACAACUCUCACGCGGACUCGUCACGGACGUACUACCGCAAGCUCGAGAACGGGCACGGCGGCAUGCAACUUACGACCAUCGACUCGACGCAGGGCCAGCCGCCGAGCGAGUCCACGGAAUACCUCAAGGACCAGACGAACAUGUUGCCCGCCGAACCCGAGGCCGGCAUGAUAAUACGGACGACGCACUUUGUGACGCGCGAGGACUACGGCGGGUACGAGCACAACCUCGCCGUAGGCGACGGCUACGAUCGCCAACAUCCGUGGGCGAAGGAGCGGGUUUAGGGAUCUGAUCUGUCCCAAUCUUGUAGAGUACCUUGUUUACGAGCUUGGAUUUAUGAUUUUGGGUAUUUUCAUCUUCUCGUCACUGGCUCCCAGUGGGGAUCGGACUCGGUAAGGGAUC